ACACGAUACCCCAGUGCAGGGCAACGUUACGACGCGGAAGCAGUCAUGGCACUUGUUGUGGAUCCAAGAACGCCUUUGGUCCCAAACACAGAGAUACUCGGGACCAGGGUGUCCACCUUGGAGUACAGUCCUUUGUGUGCAGUGAAUGUGGGAAAACUUUCAGGUACAAAUCCUUAUUUGCCAUACACCAGAGAUAUCAUACUGGAGCACGACAUCAUGAGUUUGGUCCAUGUGGGAAAUCCCUUGGGCAACGACCAACCCUGAAUGAACAUGGGAAGACUCAGGGUGGAUCCAGGCAGUACACGUGCAGCAAAUGUGGGAAAUCCUUAGGUGGCAAAUGUGUCCCCCUUAAUGUCCAGAAUAUGCCCAGUGGAGGGAAUAAUUAUGUUUGUAGCGGGUGUACAAAAUCUGUCAGCAGUAGCUCAGUGUCGAUAACUCAUAGGGUUCAGUCUGGAGAUAGGUUUUAUAAGUGUCGCGUUUGUGCAAAAUCUUUUCCGUCUGUGUCUGCCCUCUGUUAUCAUCAGAGAACUCACGCAGUGAAAAGACAUUAUGAAUGCAGUGAUUGUGGGAAAUCUGUUACCAGUAGGUCUGCCCUCCUUUCUCACCAGAGGGUUCACACUGAAAGAAAGCCUUAUAAAUCCAAUGAAUGUGGGAAAUCUUUUGCUGGUAGUUCUGCCCUACAUUAUCACCAGAAAAAUCACAGUGGAGUUAGGCCUUAUGAGUGCAGUGAAUGUGGGAAAUUUUUUGCUGGUAGUCUUGUCUUACGUUAUCAUCAGAGAGUUCACACUGGGGAAAGGCCUUAUGAGUGCAGUGAAUGUGGCAAAUCAUUUAUGCGAAAAACUAGCCUCAAUGUACACAUAAAGGUUCAUUCAGGUGCAAGGCCUUAUGAGUGUAAUGAAUGUGGGAAGUCUUUUACUGCUAGGUAUUCCCUCCAUUUUCACCAGCGUGUUCACACCGGGAAAAAGCCUUAUCAGUGCCUUGAAUGUGGGAGAUCUUGUACUAGUAGUUCAGCCCUCCGUAGUCACCAGAGAGUUCACACAGGAGAAAGGCCUUAUGAGUGUCGUGAAUGUGGGAAGUCUUUUACUGGUAAUUCGGCCUUUCGUUAUCACCAGAGACUUCACAGCGGAGAACGGCCUUAUGAGUGCUGUGAAUGUGGGAAAUCUUACACUACUAAUGCUGCCCUCCGUUAUCACCAGAGUGUUCACACUGGAGAAAAGCCUUAUGAGUGCCAUGAAUGUGGGAAAUCUUUCACCAGUAGUUCCUCCCUUCGUUAUCACCAGAGAUUUCAUACUGGAAAAAAGCCUUAUAAUUGCAGUGAAUGUGGGAAAUCUUUUGUCACUAGUAAACAGCACCGUACUCACCAGAUAGUUCAUAGUAGAGAGAGACCUUAUGAAUGCCCUGAAUGUAGCAAAUCCUUUCCCCGGAAAGAUACCCUCAAUGUACACAAAAAGCUUCACUCAGGUGAACGGCCUUAUGAGUGUACUGAAUGUGGGAAAUCAUUUACUGCUAGUUCUGCCCUCCGUUACCACCAGAGGCUUCACACUGGGGAAAGGCCUUAUGAGUGUAAUGAAUGUGGGAAAUUAUUUACUGUUAGUUCUGCCCUCCGUUCGCACCAGAGACUUCAUACGGGGGAAAGACCCUAUCAGUGCAAUGAAUGUGGGAAAUCCUGUACUACUAGUUCUGCCCUCCGUCGACACAAGAGAGUUCACACUGGAGAACGGCCUUACAAGUGCCAUGAAUGUGGGAAAUCAUUUACUGCCAGUUCUACCCUCCGUUAUCACAAGAGAGUUCAUACUGGAGAACGGCCGUAUGAGUGUAAUGAAUGUGGGAAAUCAUUUACUGUUAGUUAUGCUCUCCGUUCGCACCAGAGUGUUCACACUGGAGAAAAGCCUUACCAGUGCAAUGAAUGUGGGAAAUCUUUUAUUAGUCUCAGUGGUUUUAGAUAUCAUUACAGACUUCACAAUGCAGAAAGGAUUUAAAACAGCACAGAAGGUGAAACUUCUUGCUUAGUGGCAUUUAGGCUGGAGGACAACCUCUGAGGUGGCGACCUACCUGAAUUGAA